AUAUUUCGUUUCCAGCUCUAAUUUUACUAAUAUAUACCACGAAAUUUAACACUUAGUUAUUUUCAGAUAAAACGGUACCUGGAAGAUAAUGGCUAUCUUCAAAGUAGUUUUUGUUGUUGCGUUGGUCGCCAUCUUUGACGUCAAAGGAGAUGAUGCAAAGGAUUAUCUGACCAAAUAUGGUUAUUACAAUCCAUUUGCAUUCGAUGGUGGAGACGGCAUGGCAACUGCUAUUAAACAAUUCCAAACAUUCCAUCAAUUACCAGUUACAGGAGUGUUGGACACUGCAACCAAAGAUGAGAUGUCGAAGCCACGUUGCGGUAUGUCUGACGUUGUCAGUACCAACGCUUAUUUCGCAACACGAGGGAAAUGGAGAACUACCCAGUUGACGUAUUAUUUCGAGAAUACAGGACGCGAUUUGGCCAUGAAUGUUGUCAAGAAUGAAAUUAAGAAGGCUUUUGAUAUGUGGGCUGCAGUGACACCGUUAACAUUCCGAGAAGUUUCAUCACGUGGACACAUUAACAUUGGUUGGUAUGUCGGUAACCAUGGUGAUAAUGGUCCAUUUGAAAGAAGACGUGGAGGUGUUUUGGCGCAUGCGUAUUUCCCAGAAAAUGGUCGUCUACAUUUUGAUGAGUAUGAAGAUUGGGCAGUCAAUGGAAACCGAGGUACUGAUCUACUUUGGGUAGCUGUGCAUGAGAUUGGACACGCCCUGGGUUUACAACAUUCACGUGUUAGCGGAACAAUCAUGUGGCCUACGUAUUAUGGCUACAAAGCUGGUUUGAAACUUCACCAAGAUGAUAUCAGUGGUAUCCAAAGUUUGUACGGCAGAGGAACAGGAGGCACCGGAACAGGAGGCACUGGAACAGGAGGAGGUAACUGCAAUAAUAAUCAUAAUAGAUGCGAAGAAUGGGCAAAUCGUGGCGAGUGUCGUAUCAAUCCAAGAUGGAUGUUAGUAAACUGUAAGAAAAGUUGUAGACAAUGUUAAAACAGAUCCUGUCGGUUUACAA